UGCGACCCUGUAGAACAGGAUAAAGCAGCUAGAGAUGAUGAGAGCUGUUAUAAUGAGUUCAGCAGGAGACAGACAGUGCUCCUCCAGGACGUCUCAGUCUCCUGAUCCCUCACAGCUGUAUGAAGACGUGAAAAUUGAGAUUUCGGAUGGAGGGACAUCUGAAGUGUCAGGAAUCUGUGUGAAGAAAGAAGAGACACUGGAGUUGAACAUCUACAACCAUGGAAACAACCUUGAGAACCCACCUGAAGUUCUCUCCGUGAAAGAGGAAGAUCCUGACAAUAAAGACUGCCUCUAUUGUGAAGUUUGCAAAUCCUUCUUCUUUCACAAGUGUGAGCUUCACGGACCACCCCUCUUCAUCCCUGAUACUCCUGUUCUCAUGGGAGUUCCUGACCGAGCCAGGCAAACACUUCCUCCUGGACUAGAGAUUCGGAAGUCCGGUAUUCCUGAUGCAGGCCUGGGAGUGUUUAAUAAGGGGGAGACUGUUCCAGUAGGUGCACACUUUGGACCCUACCAGGGAGAAUUGGUGGACAUAGAGAAAGCCAUGAAUAGCAGAUACUCGUGGGUGAUAUGCAGGAGCAGGCAGUGCGAAGAGUACAUAGAUGCCACAAGAGAAAUGCAUGCAAAUUGGAUGAGGUAUGUGAAUUGUGCUCGUAAUGAUGAAGAACAGAAUCUUGUGGUGUUUCAGUAUCGAGGGGGAAUUCUGUAUCGUUGCUGUCAACCCAUUAACCCAGAACAGGAGCUCUUGGUGUGGUAUGAUGAGGAGUAUGCCAAAGAACUAAGUCCUGUGUUUCACAAGCUCUGGAACAAAAAGUGUUCCAUGAAUGGAGAGGAGCCAUAUCACUGCUCCCAGUGUGGAAAGAGUUUUACACAUCAGAGUAAUCUCCAACAACACCAGUGCAUUCACGGAGGGGAGAAGCCAUAUCACUGCUCCCAGUGUGGAAAGAGUUUUACACAUCAGAGUAAUCUCCAACAACACCAGCGCAUUCACAGAGGGGAGAAGCCAUAUCACUGCUCACAGUGUGGAAAGAGUUUUACUCAUCAGAGUAAUCUCCAACAACACCAGCGCAUUCACACAGGGGAGAAGCCAUAUCUCUGCUCACAGUGUGGAAAGAGUUUUACUCAACAUAGUGAUCUUCAGCGUCACCAGCGCAUUCACACAGGAGAGAAGCCAUAUCUCUGCUCACUGUGUGGAAAGAGUUUUACUCAAAAGAGUCAUCUCCAACAACACCAGCGCGUUCACACAGGGGAGAAACCUCAUUACUGCUUACAGUGUGGAAAGAGUUUUACUCAUCACAGUGCUCUCCUACGACACCAGCGCAUUCACACGGGAGCGAAGCCAUAUCAGUGCUCACAGUGUGGAAAGUUUUUCACUCAAAAGAGUCAUCUUCAACUACACCAACGCAUUCACACAGGAGAGAAGCCAUUUCUCUGCUCACAGUGUGGAAAGAGUUUUAUUCAUCAGCGCUAUCUCCAAUUACACCAGCGAAUUCACACAGGGGAGAACCCUUAUCAGUGCUCACAGUGUGGAAAGAGUUUUACUCGACAGAGUCAUCUUCAACUCCAUCAGCGCAUUCACAAAGGAGAGAGGCCCUAUCACUGCUCACAGUGUGGAAAGAGUUUUAUUCAUCAGAGUCAUCUCCAACAACACCAGCGAAUUCACACAGGAGAGAAACCAUAUCACUGCUCACAGUGUGGAAAGAGUUUUACUCAUCAGAGUGCUCUCCUACGACACCAGCGCAUUCACACAGGGGAGAAGCCGUAUCAGUGCUCACAGUGUGGAAAGGGUUUCAUUCAUCUGAAUCAUUUCCAAGAACACCAGAGGAUUCACACAGGGGAGAAGCCUCAUCACUGCUCACAAUGUGGAACAAGUUUUACUCAUCAGAGUGCUCUCCGACGACACCAACACAUUCACACAGGAGCGAAGCCGUAUCAUUGCUCACAGUGUGGAAAGAAUUUUACUCAAAAGAUUCAUCUCCAACUACACCAGCGCAUUCACACAGGAGAGAAGCCGCAUCACUGCUCACAAUGUGGAAAGGGUUUCAUUCAUCUGAAUCAUUUCCAAGAACACCAGAGGAUUCACACAGGGGAGAAGCCUCAUCACUGCUCACAGUGUGGAACAAGUUUUGCUCAUCAGAGUGCUCUCCGACGACACCAACACAUUCACACAGGAGCGAAGCCGUAUCAUUGCUCACAGUGUGGAAAGAAUUUUACUCAAAAGAUUCAUCUCCAACGGCACCAACGCAUUCACACAGGAGAGAAGCCGUAUCACUGCUCACAGUGUGGAAAGAGUUUUACUCGACAGACUCAUCUCCAACAACACCAGCGCAUUCACACAGGGGAGAAGCCAUAUCACUGCUCCCAGUGUGGAAAGAGUUUUACUCAACAGAGUAAUCUCCGACAACACCAGCGCAUUCACACAGGAGAGAAGCUUUAUCAUUGCUCACAGUGUGGAAAGCCUUUUACUCGACAGGAUUAUCUCCAAAAACAUCAGCGCAUUCACAAAGUACAGAAGCCUCAUCACUCCUGA